AGCGGGGGUGAUGGUACAGAUUUGGGUCAACAUUACAGGUGGCUAAGUUUCUCAGUGCACUUUGAAAGGUGAUUUUAUCUGGUGGACACGGACCGUGUGCACGUUGAGCUCGCGAGACCCUUCGAGCGGAACACACGGACUGGAGACAGCUGCUCGCGUGAAGAAUGGCCCAGGGGAUACCAGACGAGAUCAUGAUGGAUGGUGUGCUGAUCGAGGACUUGGCGGAUGUGGCGAAAGAUGCAGCCCUUCUGCAAGGCGUCCUCAUGAGGACCCAAGAGUCCUCCAACUUGUCGGAGCUGGUGACGUACGCACCGUUCACGCUCUUCCCCACGCCUGUGCCCAAGGCUGUGUUCCUCCAGUCUCUGGCGGUGCAAACGCACUACAACACGCUGGUGGACAAGAUCAGCCAGGAUCCAGACUUCCUGCAAGAGGCUCUGGCUAGCACCAUUGAAGUUGACGAUUUCACCGCGAGGUUGUUCAGGAUCCACCAACAAAUCCUGAAAGAAGGAAGGGCUCAGUCCAUCACGUUGGGUCUCAAUCGGUCCGACUACAUGCUGGACCAGGAGGAGGACGGGUCGUCGUCUCUGAAGCAGAUAGAAAUCAACACCAUCGCUGCCAGUUUCGGAGGUCUGGCAUCACGCACGCCAGAUGUUCACCGACAGGUGCUUAAGGUGGCUGGGAAGCUGGAGGAGAGCCAGCGGAUCCUAGACAACAACCCUGCCGAAGGUCUGGCCCGGGCUGUUGCCAAAGCCUGGGAGCUGUAUGGAUCAGAGAGAGCAGCCGUCAUGUUCCUGGUGGAGGAGAGCCAAAGGAACAUCUUUGAUCAGCGCUGCGUCGAGAGCGAGCUGUGGAAGAGGAACAUUCCCACGAUAAGAAAGCGCUUCGACGACGUUAGUAGAACAGGGUCCCUCGAUCAGGACAAGAAGCUAUUCGUUGAUGGACACGAGGUCGCAGUGGUGUACUUCAGGAAUGGCUACAUGCCUCAGAACUACAUCUCCGAACAGACUUGGGACGCUCGUCUCCUGAUGGAGCGCUCUCUGGCCGUGAAGUGUCCAGAUAUCAGCACUCACCUGGCUGGAACAAAGAAGGUCCAGCAGGUGCUCGCCAGACCCGGAGUCCUGGAGCGGUUCUUCCCCGACCAGCCUCGAGUAGUGGAGCAGAUCAGAGCGACGUUCACCGGCCUCUACACGCUAGACGUGGGACCAGAGGGUGACAAAACGGUAGCAAUGGCUUUGGCAGCACCGGACCGGUUCGUCCUGAAGCCCCAGCGAGAAGGGGGAGGGAACAACAUCUAUGGAUCGGAGAUCUGCCGGGUCCUGCAGGGAGCGAACGGGAACACGGACAGGGCGGCCUACAUUCUGAUGGACAAGAUCCGUCCCGCCGCAGUACAGAACUACCUGCUGAGACGAGACAGCCCUCUCAAAAUCAGCAACUGUCUCAGUGAGCUGGGAGUGUUUGGAACAUAUGUCAGGCACGGUAAAGACGUGGUGAUGAACGAGUGCGCCGGCCAUCUGCUGAGGACCAAGAGUUCUGAGCACUCGGACGGAGGCGUGGCAGCGGGCGUGGCCGUGCUCGACAACCCUCUCCUCGUCUAAGUGUGUGUGUGUGUGUGGUCAGUGGUUCCAAAAGGUUUUUACGACAGUUUUACGAUAUUAUAUAUAUAAAUUAUUUUUAAAUUUUAAUCCUCACUGUCAUUCUUUUUGGGACGUGGUGACUUUUCUUUCAUGUACUGUUUUAUUUAGAGUUUGCAUUGACAGCAGCCCGACAUACUGUUACAUUUCUGACUGUAUGUAAUAGGGAAAUGGGAUCUUUCUUUUAUUGUUAAGUAAAUAGUUUAUUUGCUUCACUUUGAUCAGGUUUGCCCUUACAUUUAUAUUGUAUGCACAGA